CUCCAGCAUCUUGAUAUUAUCUUUUGUGAAAUUACUGAUAUAACAAUCAAAGAAAUUGCCAAUUCGUGUCUUAAUUUAAAGUAUUUCAAUUUGGAAGGGUGUAAUAAUGUUAGUAAAGAAGCUAUAGAUCAGCUCAUUUCACUUAAUCAAAAUAUUCAUAUUGAGAAUUUCAUGUGUACUAUAACACUAGCCUCUUUUGGUGCAUAUCCUGUGAUGUAUGAACUGUUAAGAAGACUGAGAAUGUCAGUUGAUACACCAAAAGAUAUUAUGUUUAUACAUAAUUAUGUUAACGAUGAGCUAAUGAGAAGAAUAGACAUUAUUAGAGCAAGCGUUAG